UUUCCAUGGGAACCGCAAGGCCGCUUCUCGCUGGGGUCUCGGACGCCUGCCGGCGCUGUGAGCGCUGUGGCCGGGGCUUUGUCUGGGGCGCGGCCGCCUCUCGGGUGCAGACUGUGGGUGUUUGGUCCGUGAGCUCUCUCCGCUGGGCGGAGACCGGUGGAAAAGUGCGGGGAAGGAGAAGGGGAGCAGGCUCCCUGGGCUGGGGUUUGGGUGCGGAGGGGAGCACAGCGGCGCCUGCAGUUCAGUCUUUGAAAGCCGUAGAGUGGGCGUAAUGCGGGGACCUGAAAACCCAACAAGAGGAGGGUCUGACCCAUGCCGUCCCAAACAGCCACCGGGUCCCUCCAGGCUUAGGCCUCAGGGGCUGCCUCUUGCAUCUGAAGGCAUCAUAAUGAAGUUUGGGUCUUGGCCCGUUGACUCCCCAAGCCCCAGGGAGCUGGGCUUCUCUCUUCAGACAGGAGAAGACAUCCUUGGGGAAUAUUGCGAAAGGGAAGACUUUGGGGCUGGGUUUAGGCCAGUCUCCUAGUCCUGCCCUUGCCAAGGUGUACACCUCCAGCCUGGACUGAGCGCUCAUCUCAACUCUCUGCGCCAUCGUCAUGCUGAGCUGCCUCUUCCUCCUGAAGUCACUUCUUGCUCUUGGGUCCCUGACAUCCUGGGUGGCUGCAGGAGAGCAUGUGAAAGCAGGAGAAUGCCCCCCUGAUAAGAACCCGUGCAGAGAGCUGUGCCAGGGGGAUGAGUUGUGUCCGGCCAGGCAGAAGUGCUGCGGCACCGGCUGCAGUCGGGUCUGCCGAGGAGGCCUUCCAGAAGGGAGGAAAGGAGAUUGUCCCAGGGCUGUUCGGAAACAGUCCUGCUUCCAAAGGUGCAUCAGUGAUGAGACUUGUCCAGGUACAAAGAAAUGCUGCACGUUUGGCUGCAACAAGCACUGUGUGGUCCCAGUCUCUAAACCAAAGCUGGAGUCUGGUGGCGAAUGUCCUGCUGACCCCCUUCCGUGCGAGGAGCUGUGUGACAGGGACGAGUCCUGUCCCCAGGGGCAUAAAUGCUGCAGCACUGGCUGUGGCCACUCCUGCCGUGGAGACAUUGAGGGAGGGCGGGCUGGUGAUUGUCCACACAUUUUGGUGGGCCUGUGCAUUGUCAACUGCAUGAUGGACGAGAAUUGCCAGGCCGGGGAAAAGUGCUGCAAGUCAGGCUGUGGCCGCUUCUGUGUCCCGCCCGUUCAGCCACCAGAACUGGCCACAAACCCCAACUGGACCCUCUGCUCUGAUUCUGCCUUAGAGACCCCAGUGCCUUAGCUGUCCUGAUUUGUUCUGAGCUGCUUCGGUGACUACCGGGGGCUUGUCCUGGCUGCCAGGAGAGGGUGAUGUCCUGGGGCUGUGACCCUCCUGGGGGCUCUCGUUGCCCUCUCUGCCCUGCUUCUGUUCCUGCUGCUGCCCUGAGCACGGGAAACAGUCGUGGGUUUGAGCAAUGGUGUGUGGCGCUGCUUUUCCCCAAUAAAGACUGU